AUGCCACCAACUCCAAGUCACACUGGAGAGGAUUCUGAGAUCUACAGUGAUCCAGAAUUCAGGAAUGCAUUUGAGCACAUGCCAAAUAGGUGCUCAGAUAAGGCAUUAGCACUUUACCUUUCAUGGAGAGGGUUCCAGGAGAAUUGCAGCCAGAGCACUAUUGACAGAGUUCAAGCAGGAUUUAAGAUGUUGUGGGAUGAAGUUGAUGGUGCAACAUUCCAUGGGAACUGGCAUCACAAUGAUGUGCAUCACCAAUGGGAAGGCAACCCAGUCUUGUCAGCAGAAGUUGAUGAUAUCGUUGCAUCUAUCAGACACAAGGUAAAUUCUGAAGGAGCUGAAUGGAAGCAUUCAGGAGCCAUGAAGAAGGAGUACAUGGAUAAAAUACUUGCCUGGUCAGGAUUGCUAUGUCCACUUGAUGCCCCACUCCAGUACAUCCAUCUCAUGAUGGUAGGCUGCAAAAUGCUGCCAUCAGGCACAUCCCUGAGCAGGAAGGUGAGGCUAGCAGUCACAUGGCACCUUGAACACCUUGCCUUUGGCACUGUUGCAUUCAUGCUCUGGACAAGGAACUAUGAGCUGCUGAAAUUGAAGCAUGGGGAUGUCAAACUUGACUGGACUGUCAUAGAUGGCAUGUUCAUGAAAUAUCUUCGAGGUGAAGAAGUCUCCCUCACCAUAAAUGAGCACAAUGCUUACUUCGAGAUCCACCUGAAGAAUUGCAAUCAUUACAAGAUUUAUCCAUGCCUGGAUAUGGGCAAAGCAUGUGACACCUUCCUGUGCCUUGUGUUGUGGAUGAAGUGGGUCGAGCUUGUCCAUCUUGGGCAACUGAUGACCAAUGAAGACUUCCUUUUCCCCACAAUUGGCACAAACAGCAUGCCACAGCUGGGUGAGCUGCUUUCCCAUGACACAAUCCAGAAAUGGAUUGAUGAGGCAGUAGUGGGGUCUGGAACUCCUGGGACAUUUAUGACCCAUUGCUAUCAUCAUGGUGGAGCACAGUAUUGCUUCAUGUUCAUGCCAGUGGGGCAGUGA